AUGGAGGAGAUUCGAAAGGGAAUAGAAAAGAUGGCCUACCCAAGCCGAUACGAAGCUAGUGGCAAACUUUUGUGCGACAAAUUGGGCGUAAAACCAGCUGAUGGAUCGUUGCCGAAGAAGCUGCCGCCUGGAAAGGAAUGUGCGGCCAAGGAGAUGGUGAAGACCAACAUCUUUCCGAUGCGAUUCACUGAGAACAAGACGGUUUAUUUGUACGAUUUGGAUAUUAAACAUCGAAAGACUUAUAUGGAAGGAGCUUCUCAGAUAACUCGCGAUAUCACUGUCAACAAUUAUAUGAGGGCUGAGUAAGUUUGUAGUGAUUAUGUCGGGGUUGUAAGAGAUUGGAUUUAGAGUUUGGUGAAAGUGAGGAGUAAUAUUAGAAAUUAGGCUUAAAACUAACGAAAAGUUAUGUUUUUCGCUUAAAACGAUCAAGUUUUUGGGUUUUUAUCUAAAACAAGCUAGUCUUUUAUGCUUUAGACCUAAACCAAGUUAAAACUAUAAGAUUAUAUGUUUCAACCUUUUCCCUACUAUAAAAUAAAAAAUAUUGUUGUUUUCAGUUAUUUUCGCACUGAAGCCGAAAGAAAUUCGAUCAACAUCAUGAACUACGCCAUCCGAAUGGUUCCACAGUUCUUUGGCAACAAAGACGAACUUGCGUAUGACAGGAGAAAGACCUUGUACUCAUUGAGGAAGUUGGAGAUUGGUAAUAACGUAGGUUUUGAUAGCGAUUUUUGGUUUUUAUGCGGCAAAAUUGAGGAUUGAGCUAAUUUUGUUGAUACAUGUUUGCUUGAGCAAUUUCCGGGCUAUAUCUUAAGGAAUUUUGUAAAAAUCAUAUUGUAGUAGCCGUAGAACUUGCUAAAAUUAGCUUUUUCAGAAUGAGAAGAUCAUUGAGAUUGAGAACACUAACCCUACUGAGCCGUUUCCUUUCAAAGUAGUCAUUGUGAAUAUGAGACAGACUGGAGAGAUGGAGUUGACGCCAGAAGGGCUGAAAGCUUUGUCUGAAACUGUGGCAUUGGAACAUUGUUUGGAUGUGAUUACUAAUCAAGGAAUUCAUCGUGAUUUGUAAGGGUUUAGAAAUUGUUUUAUCGGUUUUUAGGUGGAUAUGGAUUUAAAAGGUUGGAAAUGGUAUUGAAGUUCAUGUUUUGGUCUGAAUUGGCAAUUGAUACCUAUUUUUAUAAAAUUUAUAAUUUACUACGCUCUUGUGUUCGAUAAUGACAUUAAAAUUCACUUUAUGUUAUUUCAGUAUAAUAAAAUAGAAAAAAAUUCAAAAAUUCAUUUUUCAGAGACAACCACGUGCCAUUCCCAAACAACGUUACCUACAUGUUGUAUCCACAAAAUUACGGAAUCGAACGAAGCGAAUGUCCAGACUUAGCAUUCGGCACAUACACCGCAGCUGGCGCCCAGAAAACAGUGAAGAUCCUGGAAGGAUCGGAGAAACCAGGCCCAGCGAUGAUUAUCAUGCGUAUGUUUUGAUAUUGUCGUAGGUUAGGUGGCUAAAAAGGUGGUAUUGGGGCUUUUUAUUGGGUUUUGGAUAAGGAUGGGCAUGUAAUCUUAAAAAUUUGUGAGAGGGCACAGAAUUAUUUGAACACUAAAAAUAAACUGAAUUUAUAGCUAGCAGCUUACAUUAUAGAAAACUAAAUUUUUAGCCAGAAGAACCCCCUUCCACAAUGUAGAAACGGUGACAAGCAAGGUCCUGAACGCAUACCCACGCUACCGUCGGCCAGAAAUGGUCCACGACAAUCAUGCCGAAAUUAUCAACAUGCUGACUGGCUUAGUCGUCUACCAAACCCAUCUCGCCGCUAGCGGCAUCAGAACAAUGCAGAUUUGUGGCAUCGUCAAUCAAACCGCCGAAUCGAUGGAAAUCGAAAUCAAUGGAGCCACGACCAGACUAACCCAGUACUACUGGGAGAAGUAUGGCAUCACACUACAACAUCCCGGGCUACCGUUGGUUACCACCAAAAGCAAGAAGAAGACUCUGCUUUACCAUCCAAUGGAGCUUCUUAUGAUUUGUGACAAUCAGAGGAUGCAUGAGCCUUUGCCAGAGAUUGUGACGGUUUUGAUCAAGGUAGGGGUUGGGUAAUGGAAUUUUUGGCUCAGGGGCGGGGGUGGGUUAUCAAUACAUUCUUUAGGGGGUGGGUUAUCUGCAUUUUUGGUUUUGGGUGGAGUAAAGUAAUUUUUUCUUCAGGGGGUGAUUUUUUAAAAAUUAUUGCAAAAACUGGCCACAGAGAAGAUCAAUUUGUCAUAUUUUUAGAUUUGUGCUGUUCUGCCAAGUGUCCUAGAGAAGAAGGUAUACAAAUCAGCUACUGCUCUUCAUUUACUGGACAAUCCGGCUAACAAAGAGUUUGGAGUUGAAGUUGGCACAAAACCUAUUCAUGUAAUAACUUUUUUUAUCUUUUCUAUGUUUUAAACCAAAAAGGUGGCUCACUAGUUUCGGCAGGGGCUGGGCCAUGCCAAAGAAUAUUUGAAAAGGGCCGGGCCGGUACAUGUGGGCUUGAAGACCGGGGCGUAAAACGAAGCUCUAGGACUUCAUGUUAGGUCUCGCAACGAAAGAUUUGACUUAGAAAAAGAGUAAAACGUAUUUUGUUUUAACUUCUAAUUUCAGGUCCCAGGUCGUCGUCUGCUACCCCCAACUCUCCUCCAAAACCCCAAGCAGGCAGCCGUCUUUGACUAUGACAAAAUGAGCUGGGGCAUCCCCAGCUACUACCGACCAGCCACAAUCGAAACCUGGGCUCUGUAUGCCAUUGACACGGAAGGCCAGUUAAAUGACGCAGUGAUGAAAACGUUCGCUCAAAAGUACUACCAUGAAUGCAAGAAGAAGGGCAUGGUGCUGCAACCACCGGCCGAGAUUCACAUCUACGACAGACAUCUGUUGGCUGCGGACUUUAAAAGCCUAUUCUUCCGCGCUUUCCAGGCCAAAUGCCAAUUUAUUGUGAUUCUGACCAAUGAUAAGGACAGAGCUGUUCAUCGUAAGGGUUUGGGGAUGGGGUAAAGGAUGGGUUGGUUUUGGGUGGGGGGUUUAGCUGGAUUUGAAGGGGGGUCUACAAGGCCCGGAUUCGAGAGUCUGGGUCGAAAGCAAGGCUGUUAAAAUAUGAAUUUUAAAUUAAAAAAUUAAAAUUUCAGCUGAAAUCAAGGCCUACGAAAGAAGGUUCGAAAUCAUCACUCAAAACAUCCUGAUCAAGACCGCCAUGGAAGCAGCUGGUGUUACUGGACCCGAAAAGCGAAAGACUAUGGAGAACAUCAUCCACAAGACUAACAUCAAGAAUGGCGGCUUGAACUACAGCAUUCCAACGUGAGUUGGGACUGGGUUUGUAAUGGGCUGGGCUAGACUUGUGAAGGGGCUAGACUAGCUCAAUUUUUUGUCUUUUUCUUUUUACAGAUUUUGCAAGUCAAAUCUUUCGUGGCGGGACCUAAAAUGAACUGCUUCUGUUUGUACCGGACAGUUUAAAUCUUUUUAGCAAAGACCUGAGCAAAGACGACCUCUACAUUGGCAUCACGAUGGACGCGAAGAAGAUGGUUUACCAGAUCCCAUUGAGAGCCGAAUUGACUCGUCUCAAUCCAGCUGUCAUCGGCUUCACUGCCAACGAUCUGAACGAAGCUUUUGACUUCACUGGCGACUUUGUACUCCAAAAAACUCGUGGAAACAUUGACAUUGAUCUCAUGGUCGCGACAGUGUCGAAGAUUCUGGAAAGAUUCAUCAAGAACCGUGGCAAGCCGCCAAAGAACGUGAUUAUGUAUCGUGGAAGUCUUCCUGAGUCCAAGUAUGAAUUGGUAAGUGCGAAAUUCAAAAAUUUUUUGUGGAUUUUUGAAAAUUUUUAAAAAUGGAAAGAAUUUUCCUUACAAAAACAAAAAUUGUAACAACUUUCUUUACAAACCGAAAAAUGGCAAGAUCUUUACAAAAAAAAAAUGGCAAAAACUUUCUUUACAAAAACAAAAAUGUCAAGAGCUUUAUUUAAAAAACAAGAAAUGGCAAGAACUUUUUUUUACAAAACAAAAAAUGACAAUAACUUUGUUUUAGGCCCUGAAGUACGAAAUCCCAGCUGUCAACCAGAUUCUGAAAGAGAACGGCGUCGAAACCUUUGCCGUCAUCGUUCCAUCCAAGCGACACAACGUGAAAUUGAUCCCAUCCGAACCAAAAGGUCAAAACUCGGUCUCUCAAAACCUGAAAUGUGGCACAGUUGUGGACACCAAGAUCGUCUCUCCAGUCGUCAAUGAGUUCUACUGUCUGAGCCACGUCGCUCGACUCGGAACGGCCAGAAUCCCAAAGUACGCCGUGAUUCACAACGAUGGAAACUUGUCGAUGGAUCAACUGCAGAAGAUCACCUACAAUCUGUCUUACGGACAUCAGAUCAUCAACGGAAGCGUCAGCCUGCCAGCUCCAAUCUACAUUGCUGAGGGCUUUAUCAAGCGAGGAAGAAUGAACUGGAUGACCUAUGUCAGCUCGAGGUAGGGUUUUUUGUGGGCUAGUGUGCGCACUAAUGGCUGUUUUAUAUUAGUAUUGGCAGACAUAGGUCGCUGAAAAGGUUUAGAACUAACUUUUUUUGGCUAAGAGGCUGGACUUGGACUGGAAAUGGUUUUUGGGCCAAUUUUUAAGCCUGGCUAGGCCGCUGAGAUAAGUUAUGACACUUUUAUAUUAAAAUGUCAUAUCGGUAUUAAUAAUAUUGAGAUUGGUUGUUAAAAGGCUUUAAACAUGAUUUUUUGGCCAAGGGGUCGAGGUUGGACUAGGAAUGGCUUUUGGACCGAUUUUUAGUCUAUGGAAUUUUUGGCUCAGGCCAACUUAUGUCGCUUUGAAUGAGAAAAUACGUUAAUAUUAACAAUCAUAUGAUAAUUGUCUCUUUUCCAGCCCAACCCCACCAGACUCAUCCUCAGACACCUCGUCGAGCAACAGCCAUAGCUUCUUUACCCACACCACUGACAGAAUUGCAUACAUCAACAGUGAGACUCUCAGAAACCUUCGUAUCAAUGCCUAG